AUGACGACUAAGACCAUCCAUGGGAACUCGCAAUUCCAAAAGCCGUCCUCUCUGCGCUGGACGUGGGAGUCACCCGGUGGAGGGUACCGUAAUGAAAUAGACCACAUCAUUGUCAAUAAAAGGUUCUGCCUGACCGACGUCGCUGUUGUACCAAAGUUCUAUACGGGAUUGGACCAUCGCCUCCUCCGAGGAAGAUUUUCCUUCACAAGGAGAGCAGAGAAAGCCGCCAAGUUCAGAGAGAGAAAUCCCAGGACUAUCAUCAACUGGGAUCUCUUUGCUACGCUAGCCGGCUUUUGGGAAGAUUCCGCAAUGGACAACAUCGACGAGGAAUAUGGUGGCUUGUAG